AUGGAGCAGGACGGGAGCCUGUUUCUCUCACAUGCGGACAUCGUCCCCAAGGUUGCUGCGUGCGACUGCAUCGCCAUGCAGCUCCCAUCAGAGUCAACGCGGCUUGCGCUGGCAGCUCACAGCACAGGAGCCUUAACAAAGGGCAAAAUGGCUGUAGUAUUCUUUACCGAACUGUCACCAGCACAGGCUGCGGACCUCGCCCGCGGAAGCUUUGGCGAUGACUUCUCGGUUGUGACAGCACCUGCCGAGGGAACUGACUGGCGCCUGCUGCCUGAAGUUCCCCUGUCACCAACAGCGCCGCCUCUGAUUGUGGCCGGGCUGCCGUUGUCCAGAGCCGCCGAAGCAGUGAAGCAGCUGCAGGAUGUUGGGCAUACGGUGCUUUACGCUGGAGCGGCUGAAAGUGAGGUGAAAGCUGUUAAGGCAGCGAGCAUUCCGAGUGCUUUUGGGCUGUGUGGGUGCGAGGCAGUGCAGUCAGCCGCCGCCACUUCGCAUGCAGUUUGCUAG